CAGAACUCUGAGACUGGCCUGCAUGGUGAUUAGGAUAUCACCAGUCUCAGGUACUGAGCUCCUAUGGGAUACAGGGCUAUAGCUGUAGAUGAAGAUGUGGUGGUGGGCGCCUGUUUCAACUUGGUUUAUAGAGGCACCCACUUGGCCUGUCACUCCUUUAUCAUAGUUCUGUCCCUUUCUGAGCAUUAUAUUCAUGGUCUAUAUCCUUCCAUAGGGCACCCCCCACCUCAACCUGCCCUAGGAGCAAUGAACUUACAUUGACCAUUUAUUCUCCCUGGUCCAAAGACAGGAGAAGAUGUGACUGCAUAUAGCACAUGCCCCCUCUUCCUUCAGCAGGGCUGGUACACCACAUGGCCACAUCCUGUUGUGGAGGAUAAAUGGGGCUCAAGGAAGACACAAGAAAGGGAAGAGUGGCAGAGUGAGGUUAUUCAGCUCACGGAGCCCCUGCCCUCUGGUUUUCUGGCUCCAUAGCUUGUGUUUGGGGUCUGAGUUUUCUGUAUUCAGGUUGCCACAGGAUGUUAUGGCUGCUGCUCUUGACCCUCCCCUGCUUGGGGGGCUCCAUUCCCACGACUCCUGACCUCCAGCCAGGUCAGGAGCUGGUGGGCAUCGUUGGGGGCUGCCCUGUCUCAGCCAGGAGGUUCCCAUGGCAGGUCAGCCUUCAGUUCUACAGCCAGGACAGCCUCCGGUGGAAGCACUUCUGCGGGGGCUCGCUCAUCCACCCACAGUGGGUGCUGACUGCUGCCCACUGUCUUGAGCCGGAGGAGCUGGAGGCUUGUGCCUUCAGGGUCCAAGUUGGGCAGCUGAGGCUCUAUGAAGAUGACCGACUGUUGAAGGUGGCUCAGAUCAUUCGCCACCCCAAAUACAAUGAGAGCCUGUCUGCUGAGGGAGGUGGGGACAUCGCCCUGCUGAGACUGAAUGCCCCUGUGACACUGUCAGAGGACAUCUACCCUGUCUCCCUCCCUGAAGCCUCCCAGAAUGUUUCCUCGGGGAAGACCUGCUGGGUGACCGGCUGGGGUGACAUCAGGUUUAAAGUGUCCCUGCCCCCACCUUACCACCUACGGGCAGUGGCAGUGCCCAUUGUGGAGAACGAGGCCUGUAACCAGAAGUACCAGAACUCCUCCUUGGACAGUGCCAGCAAGGUCAUCAAGGAUGAUAUGCUGUGUGCUGGACGAAAGGACCGUGAUUCCUGCCAGGGUGAUUCUGGAGGUCCCCUUGUCUGCACAUGGAACUGUACCUGGGUGCAAGUAGGCGUGGUGAGCUGGGGUAUCAACUGUGGCCAUCAUGACUUCCCUGGAGUGUAUACCCGUGUGAUGAGCUAUGUGUCCUGGAUCCAUCACUAUGUUCCCUUCUUCCCUGGGCCCUAGAUGGGGUCUGGUUGGUGGAGAAAACCCCCAGUCUUCCUUUUGAUGCUUCCUGUUCUUCCUCUCACCUCUUAAAUGUCCUUAUCCUUCAGUGGGGUUAUUCCUGUCCACCUAUGCUGAGUUUCCUGGGCCUCUCUGAAUUCUGGAAGCGAGGGCUGGAAGGCAGUGUCUCUGGGAAGUGGGGUAGUUGUGAGAUGUGUGACCAGACCACUUGCUUACCCAGUUUCUCAUUAAACUGUGGAUUUUCUAAUUGA